AUGGCGGAGACGACCACCCGCACGGCCCCCGUGACGGCGCCGACGCCCCCUGCGGCCUCGUCGACGUCGUCGUCGUUCGAUGCGUGGCUGCUGCAGAAGCUGCGCCAGGAGUGGAGCUCGCGCGAGUUCGGCGGGCUGCUGACGCCGUCCAAGCUGGCGGAGGCGCGCGCCAGUUUCCCGCACCUGGAGACGCCCAUCAAGGUGCGCUUGCUGCUGUCGCUGCUGAGCGUCCGCCGGGACGAAGCGGAGGCUGCUGCCGGCCGGAAGGAGGUGGACGCGCUGCUGCUGCUGGCCGAGAAGGACGCCGAGGAGUGGGUGAAGGCCGACGGGCAGGCGGCCGACUCGUAUCUGCACGCGCAGCUGGAGGCCACGGCCGCGAAAGUGGUGCAGACGGUGGCGUCCCCGCCCCAGAAGCGCCGAGGCAGCAGCUCGUCGCUCGUGGCGCUCGACGACUACUUCUCCCUCGAGAACGGGCUGCUGAACCCGUCGCUGCGUCCUCAGCUGGCUCCGACGGCCGCCACGCACUUCACCGUGAGCGGGGAGGACGACGACAUCAACGGGAAGGAGGACGACGUGGGCGCGUCGCCGAUGAAGAAGCCGCUGCACCGCCCGCAGAUGGCGCGGCCUUCGGGUGCUGCAGCGGCUUCGGCGGCAGCUGCGGCCUCGUCAUCGACAAGGCUAACGCAGCCGGCUCCCAAGCCUCCUGUCGGGAAGAAGAAGAACUUGACGGAGCUGUCGUCGGAGAUCCGACGUAAGGCCGAUGCCGGCCGCUUCAAGCGUCAGCGCAGCCGUAUCUCGAUGAUUGAUAUCAAUGAGGUGAAGCAGAUCGAGUCGGAGAAGGCGCAGAAGGCGGAGGAACGUAAGAAGCAGAAGCUGGCGGCGAAGGAAAAGGAGAAGGAGAAGGCCAAGGAGAAAGAGAAGGAGAAGAGUGGCGCUGCGGCGGCCGGAGCAGUUGCCAGUUCGGGCGACAAGAGUGGAGCGACCGACGGCACUGCACCGACGCCUGCUAUCAACGAAGAGCACGCUGCAAUUGCUGCCGACAUUUUUGCGAUGCAUCAGCAACCAGGCCCGGACGAGACGGCGCAACAGUAUACUCAGCAGCAGCUGCAAACGGAGGAUGACACGGAGCACGCUGAAUCGAACCAGAUUGCUGUGGGUGACGAUUAUGUUCCCGACGGAACUCAGGCGCUGCUGAACGCGGCCUUCCAUUCUACACAGGACAUCAUGAAGGAAGUCGUGAGCCAACAAAACCAGCAGAUGCAGGACCAUCAGCAGAUCCAGCAGCAGCAACCGCUCCAACCGCCCUCGUACCAGGAGCUGUAUCGACCCCAGCAGCAAAUGCAGAUGCACCACUUGGCUCCUCCACAGCCUCAGUACCACCAGGGCUUCGAGCCGGAGGACACGCUCAACAACAGCAACAACAGCGCACUACCGAUGGGAUUCGGGGGCUACAACUACGGCACUACUGCGGGAUACUAUGGUGACCAAUUUGGCAACUACGGUGCGCCGCAAGAUCCCAACGCUUUCGGGUCGACAGGUUACUCUAACUCGGCGAUGGGCCAGCCAGACAAUGGGCUCGGACUCCCGCCACUAGGCAGUCGGCAGCUGGGUUUUGACCCCACGCAGCAGCAACAACAACAGCAGCAGCAAAACAACGGCGGAUACAUGGGACCAGGCGAAUAUUGGAGAUAG